AUGACUAUCCGGAAAGCCCAAGUCGCUCCCAUGGCGUCUCAUCCAGCAGAAUCCAGUAGGACUUCAUCCAACACAAACAUCGAGACCAAUCACUCCACGACUGCGAUUCCUGAGAAAUUGAUAAAGCCAUGGAAAUUACCUCCCCAGAAAACAUACAUCCUCCAAAACGCCAACAUUAUCGACGCUGCCAGCGGCUCCAUACAUCGCAACCAAACAAUCAAGCUUGAACACGGCAUAAUUACAACAAUCGGCAACGACAUCACGCCCACCACAAACGAUGUAGUCGUCGACGUCUCCGGCAAAUACAUCUGCCCCGGCCUCAUCGACUGCCACGUCCACCUCACCUCAGUCGCCGGCGAUCCCAGCCUAAGCGGCGGCAUUUCGACCUCAGACCCAGCCGUCUCAUACUUCCGCCAACCCUUUCUUUGCAAGCAAAUUCUCAGCCGUGGAUUUACAUCAGUGCGCGACACAGGCGGAGCAACCCUCGCACUCAAGGAAGCAAUUGAAGAUGAUGUGUUUCCCGGCCCCAGACUCACAAUCUCCAAUAAGGCGUUGUCGCAGACCGGCGGCCACGGAGACAUGAGAGGCGUCCACGACACGCAGAAAUGCUGCGGUGGCGACAGCGGACUUACAAACGUUGUGGACGGUGUGCCGGGCUGCAUUCAGGCGACGAGAGAACAGCUCCGUACCGGCGCUGACUUUAUCAAGAUCAUGGCCGGAGGGGGCGUGGCCUCCCCAACUGACAAAUUGGAGAAUACGCAAUUCACAGCUGCUGAGAUCCAGGCUAUCGCUGAAGUCGCAGACACGUACGGCACAUAUGUGACCGCUCACGCAUACACCCCAAAAGCCAUCCGUCACGCUGUAGAUAAUGGCGUCAAGGGCAUUGAGCACGGCAACUUUAUCGACGAAGAAACGGCGCGGUACAUGGCAAAAAAGGGCGUCUGGCUUACACCCACGCUGGUCACCUACGACGCCAUGGGUUCAGACAAGUACGCCGGUUUCCUACCGCCCGCGAACCGCGCGAAGAACAAGGAAGUUCUAAGUCGGGGCCUCGAGUCGCUACGUAUCGCUGAAGAAGCAGGCGUCACGAUAUGUCACGGCUCAGAUCUGCUCGGUCCGCUGCAGGAGGAGCAGAGCAGGGAGUUUGGCAUUCGGGCACGCGCGUUGAGCAGCAAGGCUGUUUUGCAAGGCGCGACGGUGAAUGCAGCGAGGUUGCUACGGCAGGAGAAGUUUUUGGGGCAGGUUAAGAAGGGGUUUGCGGCGGAUUUGCUUAUUUUGAAUGGCAAUCCGUUGGAGGAUGUGUCUAUUUUGGAUGAGCCUGAGAGGACGGUGCUGGUUGUUAUUAAGAAUGGGAGGGUGUAUACGAGUCGAUGGGGGAAGUUGCCUGAGGAUGUUGCGCCGGCGCAGACGUUGAUAGAGUAG